GCCAGAUAGCAACAGAUACAGCUAAAAGGCAGAAUCGACACCCCAGAAAUGGCUCCUCUCCUCUUCCUCGUUUUUAUAGGGUCACCAGUUAUCAACCCUGCAGGAAGUUCCAAAGUGAAAACAUUUGAGAAAUUAACAGCACUAGCAGGUGGAUCCAUCAGCAUCCCGUGUUUCUAUGGUCAGGAGCAUAAAGACGGUGUGAAAUCCUGGUGUAAAGGGAAAGACGCGUCAUCCUGCAGCACAGAGACCCGCAGUGACUCCCCACCGGCCAUGAACAGGGUGUCCAUCGCUGAUGAUCCCCAGAACUUAGUCUUCAUUGUGACCAUGAGGAACCUGCAGCACACGGAUUCUGGCUCUUAUUGGUGUUGUGUGGAUGAUGGAUGCAGAAGAUCUGAGGAUUCCUCUGGGAACCUGGAGCUGGUGGUUUCUACUGAAGUUCAGAGUGUGAGGACCGUGAGCUGGGUGUCUGCAGAGAGAGGAGGAUCUGUCACCAUCCCAUGUUACUAUCAUGAAGCUUAUGAAUCUGGAGUGAAAUCCUGGUGUAAAGGAGAUGGAUGGGAUUCCUGCUCCAGAACAGCACAAUCAGACAGGACACAGGAUGGAGGGAAAGUGUCAGUCUCUGAAAAGCGUGACCAAAGGGUGUUUUAUGUGAGCAUGAGAGACCUGCAGGAGGGGGAUUCUGGGAAUUAUUGGUGUGAGGUGAAGAUUGGUGAGACAUAUGAAAAAGCAUUUCUGCCCCUGAUGGUACAAGAAGCUAAUGUCGCUACAAGAAAGUCUAAAGUGGUGACAUUCAAGAAGUUAACAGGAGAAAUAGGAGGAUCCAUCACCAUCCCGUGUUUCUAUGGUCAGGAGCAUAAAAACGCAGUGAAAUCCUGGUGUAAAGGGAACAGUGUGAGAUCCUGCAGCAAUGAGACACGCAGUGACCCCCCACUGGCCAUGAACAGGGUGUUCAUCACUGAUGAUCACCAGAACUUAGUCUUCAUUGUGACCAUGAGGAACCUGCAGCAGUCAGAUUCUGGGUAUUACUGGUGUGCUGUGGGUGGUGGUCAGGGGAGACCUGAGGAUUCCUCUGGUAGACUGACCUUUACAAUCCGUGCCGAUGUUACGACUGUGAGGACUGUGAGCUGGGUCUCCGCAGAGAGAGGAGGAUCUGUCACCAUCCCAUGUUACUAUAAUGAAUAUUAUAAAUCUGCAGUGAAAUCCUGGAGCAGAGGAGAUGAAUGCAGCUCCAUAUUAGCACAGUCUAACCGGGAACAGAGUGGAGGGAAAGUGUCAAUUACUGAUGACCGUGACCAAAGUGUAUUUUAUGUGACGAUGAGGAACCUGCAGGAGGAGGAUUCUGGGUAUUACUCAUGUUGUGUGGGUGGCCUUUUCAAAGCCUCUCUGUCCCUGAUAGUCCGGGAAGAAAUUCAUGUCCCAACUACGCAACAGACAGAACAGAACCGUCAUACAACAAUGACAACUGCUGUUGCUUCUCCUUUUCCUUUGACAUCAAAUUCAACAGCACAGAAUGUCACAAACUCAGUUUUAAGUGAUCCCACACUGCCAUUCUCUGUGGGAAUCUUAGCAGUGCUGCUGCUGUUGAUGCUGCUGUUAAUUGCUGUUGUCACGAUUCUGUGCAGAAGAUCCGCAAUGGCACUGGCCAGAAACAGGAACAGAGAAAACACAGCUGCCCCCACUCCCUCUGUAGACCCUGGGGAUGAAGUUACAUACAUCUCAGUAACUACAAAGGCCAGAAAUUUGGCUCAUUCAUCUAUCCAGGUCAUGCCCUUAGAAAACAUGACCUCAGCAGACCCAGAUGUGACCUACAGUAACACGACCACACAGAGGAAAAAGGCUGCAGCAGAUCCACAUGAGGUCGUCUACAGCACCGUGGCUCGGAGAUAGAAAGCGGCAAGACGCCCCCAGCCCCUGCCAGAAAGGCCCUGAAAUGAUGCUUAUGUGCACUUAUCUACUGAAAAAGAAUAUCAGAAACUAUUUAUUUUAUUGUGUUUUUUACUAUUAAUAAAACUGAUUGCCUUUCAUGA